CUCCUACACCAUCCUCCCGGAAGUGGAGCCGCCCUCGCGCCCACCAGCGGCCACCUCUGCGGCAGACCCCGCCCCCUGCCCCGCCCCCUGGCUCUCCGCCCCCUCUUCUGGUGGUGGCGCCCGGUGGCAUCCCGGGUGGUGGCGGUUUUGGUGCCCGAAGCCGGGAGCGCAGAGUCGUUCCCGGGCGAGGCGGCCAGGCUAUGAUUGCGGGUCCCCGGCGUCCCGCUCCGGCCAGCCAGCGUCCCUGUCUCAGCCUGUGCCGGUGCCCGUGCCCGAGCGAUUUCCUCAGCCCGGCCCCGAGGCGCGGUUGUUGGCGGCGCCCCUGGCGCGCCCCCUCCUCCGAUGGCGGCGGAAAUCCAGCCCAAGCCGCUGACCCGCAAGCCGAUCCUGCUGCAGCGGGUCGAGGGGUCUCAAGAGGUGGUGAAUAUGGCUGUGAUCGUGCCCAAAGAGGAGGGCGUCAUCAGUGUCUCAGAGGACAGGACAGUUCGUGUUUGGUUAAAGAGAGACAGCGGGCAGUACUGGCCAAGCAUAUACCAUGCAAUGCCUUCUCCAUGUUCAUGCAUGUCUUUUAACCCGGAAACCAGAAGACUGUCCAUAGGUCUAGACAAUGGUACAAUCUCAGAGUUUAUUUUGUCAGAAGAUUAUAACAAGAUGACUCCUGUGAAAAACUAUCAAGCGCAUCAGAGCAGAGUGACGAUGGUCCUGUUUGUCCUGGAGCUGGAGUGGGUGCUGAGCACGGGACAAGACAAGCAGUUUGCCUGGCACUGCUCUGAGAGUGGGGAGCGCCUUGGAGGUUAUCGCACCAGUGCUGUGGCCUCAGGCCUGCAAUUUGAUGUUGAAACCCGGCACGUGUUUAUUGGUGACCACUCAGGCCAAGUAACAAUCCUCAAACUGGAKCAAGAAAACUGCACCCUGGUCACAACAUUCAGAGGACACACAGGUGGGGUGACCGCUCUCUGUUGGGACCCAGUCCAGCGGGUGUUAUUCUCUGGCAGUUCAGAUCACUCUGUCAUCAUGUGGGACAUCGGCGGGAGAAAAGGAACAGCCAUUGAGCUCCAAGGACACAAUGACAAAGUCCAGGCUCUCUCCUAUGCACAGCACACACGACAGCUCAUCUCAUGUGGUGGUGACGGUGGCAUAGUCGUCUGGAACAUGGAUGUGGAGAGGCAGGAGACACCUGAGUGGCUGGACAGCGAUUCCUGCCAAAAGUGUGAUCAGCCUUUCUUCUGGAACUUCAAACAAAUGUGGGACAGUAAGAAAAUUGGCCUAAGACAGCAUCAUUGCCGAAAAUGCGGGAAAGCUGUCUGCGGCAAGUGCAGCUCCAAGCGCUCCUCCAUCCCUCUGAUGGGCUUCGAGUUUGAAGUGAGAGUCUGUGACAGCUGCCAUGAAGCCAUCACCGAUGAAGAACGUGCACCCACAGCUACCUUCCAUGACAGUAAACAUAAUAUUGUGCAUGUGCAUUUUGAUGCAACCAGGGGAUGGUUACUGACUUCUGGAACCGACAAAGUCAUUAAGUUGUGGGAUAUGACCCCAGUAGUGUCUUGAUGACUCUCCCAGGAAUCAGAAAGAUGUAGUAUUUACUAAAGAAAAGGUUGUUCUGAUCCACAUGGCUACUGAAGCACUAAAGCUACGUGCGAGAAGUAAGAGAAGCUGAAGACCCGAGGUGAAUCUGCACCCUCCCUACACAGUCAGUGGGAACUAGCAGAAGGACACUCAGUCCAACUUGUUCAUAUGAUAUAAAAGAAGAUAUUUUUUUAACAAA